AAACAAUUCAAAAGACUUUGGUUGUUUUGUCCUUAUCUUGCAAAAAUUAAUUUGUGUAUAAUUGUGAAGUAGCCUGCCUAAAUUUAUCGAUCAACAAUGGAGGACGAUGGUUUUCGGGAGAUGAACAAGGCGGAAGUCGACACGCGGGCCCCAUUUCGUUCGGUUAAAGAGGCAGUCAUGUUGUUCGGGGACAGGGUUCUCGCUAGCGAGGUCUAUGGGAGUAGGCUCAAACAGCUCGACGAGUUAGAAGAAGCAAAACAAAGCCUUCGAAAAGCACGUGAGGAAAGCAUGCAAAUGGCAACAACACUCUUUUUUUUACAACAAGAGCUCGAGCGGACCAAAAUCGAGAUCCAACAAUUGAAGACAUGUGAAUUAUGGGACAAUAUUAAUAAAAAUCGACACAUGCAUCGGAUGGAGUUGGAUCCGGACUUGUUAGAAGAAGUCAAAUUUGUUGAAGAAGACACAAAUACCGGACUUAUGAUAACAGAGACCGAUCAUCGGAUGAUCAUCGACAGUUGUGAUCAUAAUUAUAAAUCCGAAUCGCAAAGGAAAAAAUAUGUGAGAUUUGCUAAUCCUCCUUGCGUGGCUCAAAUAGUUUUGCCGAAUGGUGAUGAGAGUGUACUCCAAAGACAAACCUCUCUCAAGAAGAAGAAAAAGAAUAAGCAAGUUGUUGAGAUUAUUAGGGGUGUUUUCUCUAAGAAGAGUGUGAAAUCUGAAGUUGCCUUUGCAUGA